AAUUUCAUAUUCACAUAGUUAUUGUCCCUUUUCUACCAUGAGUUCUAGCUUUUCUCACAGGUCAGUUGUAUCAAACACUGUCAACCCUCAGAUUAAUAUCCUUUCCACUUGUUGCCAGCUAAAGAAGUUGCACUCUCACUCCAGACAGAGGUUGGCCCCCAAGUCGCUGGUGACUACCAAGGGAAGGAGGAGGAGGGUGGCCAAGCACAGACGUUCAAGCAGCUCCGAUGCAGGACGUCAAGUCGAUGAUUCACACAAGAGAGGUCGUGGCCACGAGAGACACAAAUGCAAGGAGUGUGGAGUCUGCUUUCAGAAACCCAGCAACCUGAAGAUCCACCUACAGACUCACAUCAGUGAGCAGGCUUAUCAUUGCAAACUCUGUGAUCGAUCCUUCAAAACGAAAGGGAACUUGACCAAACAUGUUGAAUCCAAGAUCCACAGGAAAACACAAGCAAAACCACAAACCCACACAAAUCCAGAGGGCCAGGAGCUGGCAGAAGAAGGUGAAAGAAAAUGUUUAAAUGGGAAACAGCAUCUCUUAAAAUGGACACAAGUAUGCUCCCUGGCUUCCAGUACACCUAAAUCUGUCGACCUACACUCCCAGUUCCUUAUCAAAAAAUCCAGCCCUUUCUCAAAUGGACGUCUUGUCCUUUAUCAACCAGGAGAGGCUGUAGUUUGCCCUGCUGACUGCAGAGGUCCGAUGAUCUCUCCACGACUGGUUCUAUCACCAAACCCAAGCCUUUCCGAAUCAUCCAAAGUUGCUUGGACACUGACUGACUCUGAGAAUUCAACUGUAUCACUCUGCUCUCAGAUUCCUGUGUGGUCACUUUCUAAAAUCACAGCAAUAUCUGAACCCCAGAAGCUAUCUAUAGUGAAGGGUGGUGUGAAUGAGCUCACCAACUCCAACAGCACCAGUGUUUGUGUCUUGCCGGUAGCUGCAGUCCCAGAGCAAGCAAACAGUGAUGCCUUGUCUGAUGACCAAAACUCAUCUGCUACUCAUGUUGCAAAUUCAAAAACUGCGCAGCUUUUGCACUUAGGAACUGAGACAAUUCUUGUCAGCCAAUCAUCUGGGAGUUCGAUGUGUCCAACUGCUGUCUCUGGAUUGCCACUGCAAAUGGAAAUACAGCAAAGGUCCACUGAGUCUAUCAAAGACCACGUCCUAAAAGAAACAGAAGCUCUUCAGACUCAUCAGGCAGAGGUGAGUCCAUACAGAGGGGAUGGUGAUUAUGAACAGUGCAGCCAGCUGUCACUCCAUGCUUAA